CGCUCACCGGAGAGCCCCGGCCCCCUCCCCAGGAGCCCCCCCGAUGGAGCUGUGGUGGACGCCUCUGCUCGGCCUCUGCUACCUUCUGGCCGCCGCCGCCGCCGAGCGCCACACCGUGUUUUGGAACAGCAGCAAUCCCAGGUUCCGGGGCGCCGAUUACACGGUCACCGUGAAGCUGAACGACUACCUGGACAUCGUGUGCCCCCACUAUGAGGGCGAGGCCGCGGCGAGCGGGCAACCCCUGGAGCGCUACACCUUAUUCCUGGUGGAGCGGGAAGACUACGUCCGGUGCCGCCCCAGCUCCCGGGAUCAGGUCCGCUGGCAGUGCGGCCAGCCCACCGCCCGCCACGGGCCCGAGAAGCUCUCCGAGAAGUUCCAGCGCUACACCCCCUUCACCCUGGGCAAGGAGUUCAAGGAGGGGCACAGCUACUACUACAUCUCCGAGCCCCUUCACGAGACCCCCGAAGCUCCCUGCCUCAAGCUCAGAGUGACGGUCGGCGACCGGCCCUCCCACCACCCGCCGCCCGACGCCGAGACGAAGAAGGACCCGGGACUCCCAGCCGACGAUCCGGAUGCCCAAGUCCUGCACAGCGUCGGACACAGCGCCGCGCCGCGCCCCUGCCCCCUGGCCUGGUCCAUGCUGCUCCUGCCCCUGAUCCUGCUGCGGACCCCCUGAGGGCGGGCAUCACCUCGUGCCAAGUCCCACCUCACCUCGUGCGAAGUCCGACGCCGGCCGACGGGCGACGCCGGCCCCUCCGCUGCCCCGUGCCCCCCGCCACCCGCGGGCGGGCCGCCCCUCUCCCGCAGACCCCAGGCCCCGACCCUGUGGCAUUUCGCCAAAGAACGACGCCAUGAGGGGGGUGGCAAGGCGGGGACCCUCUUGCUUUUUGCCAAAGACGAAGGACGCCGGCGGGCAUCGCAUGGCCGGGCACGGCCCCGGACGGAGAGGGGCAGGGCGGCCGGCCCCGGGCCUGGGAGCGCCGCUGGAAGCCGAAAGGCGGGAGAAAGAGAGCCCAGGCCGGGCUCUUCUUCGAUGCCAACGGUGCCCGCCUCGCCUCCACCCCGGGCAGGCGGCGGGGAAGGGACGGGGUGGCGGGGAGACCAUCAGUCAUCCCUUCGAUCGAGCGAUCCCUAUGUGCUGAGCGCCCGGGAAGGCCCAGCGGGCGACCUCGACGGCGGGCUCUCGGCCUAGAAGUGCCAGUCCUGCAGCCCGUUGGGCAUCGCCCAGUGUAUAUAGUCUGUGUACAUAAUCUUCGCCCCCCCGACCCGUCCCCGAUCACUUGUAAAAAGUUCGACGACUGGAAUUUUUAUACGGUUAUUGGCGGUGGAAAUAAAAUGGCCACGAGUUUUUCGUCGGGGGCGGUGGUCUUGUUGUUUCGGGGCGUCGGGUCCCUCCCCGCGGCCUCCUUCCCCAGCAAUCAGUCGUA